AUGGCAAACAGCUCUGCUCCUUGGAUUGGAUGUGCUUAUCUCUUCCUCCAGUCAACAUGUAAGACCAUCAUUCUGCCGUCUCUCUACGAAAGCUCCCAGAAGAAACCUAGUGUGUUCAAGGCGCUGAAGCUGGCAUUAGCAGACUCCACCGGCAGCGUGAAUGGUGUGGACAUGCUCAAAGUGCACUGCAGCCACCCACAUCUGAUAGUCCAGCUCAAGUUCUGCAAGCAGGAGAACUGCCGCCAGUUCCUGCGGAGCUACCGGGAAGGAGCGCUCCAGGAGUCCCUGCAGAACCACCUCCAGCUCUCCUUGGCCGUGAGCGCAGUGCCUCUUGAAAUGGAGCUGAAGGCUGGCAGUGAGCACCUUGACAGCAUGCUGAAGGAUGAGGAUCGCUGCCUGGAAUGCAUCUACAGGGAAAAGCCAGACCGCCUGCAGGAUGAGGAGAUCACAAAGCUUGAGGAAUGCCUCAAGAGCCUGAUUGUUCACCAGAGCACCAAGAACAACACUGCUGUAAAAGACUGUGCAUCUCUCAACUCCCCAUCUCUACCUGACCCUUCUCAAGGCAACUCCCUUUCCCCACAAGUCACCUUCACCUUUCAGGGACAAGAGUUCGCCAACAGAACGCUCACACCAGACGACCACCAGAAGUUUGCCAAGCUUGUGUCCAAGAAAUGGAAGCAAGUGGGUCGCUCUUUGCAGAAGAGCUGCCGAGCCCUGCGUGAUCCUGUCAUUGAUAACCUGGCUCUUGAGUACGACCGAGAGGGACUGUAUGAACAAGCCUACCAGCUGCUGCUCAGGUUUAGGCAGUCAGAGGGGAAGAAGGCCACAAUAGCACGGCUCAUCACAGCCCUGGAAGAAAAUGGUCUCAUCAGCUUGGCUGAGGAGCUCCUGGGCCUCCAUUCCAAUGAGGACUGCUCCUAG